AUGUCUGGAAUACCAAAAAUCGACGUGCCAGAGGACGAACGGCGCGCAAUCUUUGCAUACCUGAGGCGGCAGGAUCCCGCGACAAAGAAAUGCUUUGAUUGUCCGAACAAAGCUCCGACAUGGGCUUCGAUCCAUUUUGGUAUCUACGUCUGCAUCGAUUGCUCUGGUCGUCACCGUUCUCUCGGGACGCAUAUUACAUUUGUACAAUCGACGGAUAUCGACCAGUGGACGGUGGAAAACUUGCGGUACAUGAAGCUCGGGGGGAAUACGGCCGCUGCGAAUGUACUUGGAACGGGCGAUGGUGGUGUACGCAAGUAUGUGGACCAUAGAGGCAAUUUACUACCUCUCCCGGCGAAUUACAAAGAAAAGCUCAAGGCGUUGGUCGACAAGGACCGUGCAUUGUACCCAGAUCGUGUAUAUAUUGAAGCUCUAGACGAGGUCAAGCCCGCUGCGAGUGCGGACGCCGCGGAAGAAGACGAGCUUGACUGGCUCGACACCGCUUCGACUCCAGCUGCACUACCAGGUAUCGGACGAACAGCUUCGGCCUCGAGCACGGCGAGUCGGACGACCACCUCGAGCGCACUGCUCAACGCCUCUGCUUCAUCACCCACUACGACACCCACCGCGAGUCGAACGACGUCGAGCUCAACGUUGGGUUCUGUCAAAAAGUCGUCGACACUCGGUGCGACCAAGACUUCUACGCUUGGCGCGACAAAGACGGGCUCCAAGCUCGGUGCGAAAAAGGGACUCGGAGCGACAAAAGCCGCAGGAGCCGGGGGCGCGAGCUCCUUUGAAGAAGCGGCGAAACGCGCACAGGAAGAGGAGGAAAAGAGGCUCAAAGAGGAAGAGUUGCGAAAAGCCAAAGAGGAGGAAGAACGUCUACGAGCGGAAGAGGAACGAAAAAAGGCGGCAGAGGCGAGAAAGGCGGCUGGUAUCGCUACGCCACCUUCUGGCUCGGCUGCAACCACGACCACUGCGAGUGCCAAGUCGAGAGAGCGACAGGCGAGUAUCGGUGGUGGGCAGGAUAUGGAGCGUCUUGGUAUGGGUGUUCGUAAGAUGGGCUUUGGGAGCGUCGGAGCUGGUGCAGCUGCUGCCGCGUCAACAGCAGCGGCGGCGAAGAAGAAACAGGAAGAGGAGACGCGUGCUGCACGGGAUCGAUUUGGGAACCAAAAGGCCAUCUCAUCGGAUAUGUACUUUGAGCGCAACGACUAUGACCCGGACACGGUCGCCGCGGCGCAGAAUCGACUUCAAGAAUUCAAAGGCGCGACUUCCAUCUCUUCUAACCAGUACUUUGGUCGUGAUGAGAAUGAAGAGGGGCAAGGGACGAGCUAUAGCGGGUCGGGAGGUGGAUACAUUGCGAGUGAUAAUCUUAGCGGGAUCGAGAAUGCCGCUAGAGAUGCAAUCCAGCGAGUGAUGAACAAUCAGGAUGUCCAGCAACUCGGUGAGGCGUUACGAACAGGGGGUCUCAAGUUGUCGGAGUACCUUGCAAAGAUGGGUUCGGAUCG